AUGGCUUCCAAGGUUGUGAGGUGGAUUGCUAUAUGCUUCCUUGUGGCAUCCAUGCUUUCUAACUUUGAGAACGUCUUUGUUAAUGGCCACACAUUUACCGCGUUCAAUGACUGCCAUCGUGCCUCUCAUAAUUACGCCCUUGCUGGGCUAUAUUGCGCUACAUAUGACCCUAAUCAGACCCUAGAGUGGCGCAAGGAAUACUUUUGGACUGCGUAUUGUGACAAAGCUGCUCAGCCCAUGGAACCUUCCCUCCACCACCUCAAAAUUAUCUAUGUGACAAACAAAUCAACGCGUCAAAAUGUGACCGUACGAAUUGUGGACAAGUGCCAAAAUAGAGGACUGGUUUUAGAAACUGAUGCUUUUAAUGCCAUUGAUAAGGAUGGGAAAGGAAAGCAUGACGGCCAUAUGCUUACUACCUACAAGUUCGUGGGCUGUUAG